AUGAUUAAUAUUUUCAAUUUAGGAAUAAAACACUGGAUGAUAAAAAUAUUAUUUGUAGUAGUUCUUGAUAUUAUUAUUUAUGGACUUAUAUUACAAAGUAUAAAUGGUUAUAAGGAUAUCAUUUUUCUUAUCACUAAUGGUAGAUUUAUUAAUAUUAUUUGUUGGAGUAUUUUCUUUAUUAAUACUUCUUCUUUUAAUUGUCAACGUUCAACAACAAAGGUGUGGGGAUUGUUUUUUGUGAUUGUAUCUGUUUUCUCUUUAAUUGGGACUUUAACUACAUUAAAUUUUGGAAAAAAUGAAGUCGAUAUUUUUAUUAAAAUGGAUAAUAAAAGUAUUUUUGAAAUAGAAAAAGAAAAUACUUGUUGUUUGGACCUUAUAAAUCCAAAUUGUGGAUGUUUUGAAUUAGAAGGAACAUUAUCUAAAAAAUGUCAAUAUAUUAAAAGUGAAUUGAUUUGUUCUUUUGAAACAAUUCAUUGUAGAAAAUGUCUUGACCAUUCAAAUAAUGUAUUCUUCAUUUCUUCUAUUCAUAACUGCAUACAAAAUAUUGCUUUAUUAUUUGUGACUUUGUUUGUUUGUAAAGAAUGGUAUUUAGAUUCACUUUUAAAUCCUUCUCAAUCUACAAUUAAACAAUACUAA